GGUCUUCUUCCGUUCGCCCUCGCUUUCUUCCCGCACCAACCCCGCCUACCGCUCCACCACUACUACUACACCAUCCCCUCCACCGGCUCCCCCUCACCAAACUUCCCUCCACGCCUGCUUCGCCCAACUCGUUCUCUUGGAGCACCUAACUCGAGCUGAGCUCCCUUCCCGCGGAAUUCGGGUCCCUCCCUGAUGGCGGAGCCGGAGCAGCAGCAGCAGCAGGCGAAUCCCGACGAGGUGGUGCUCGGGCAGGAGACCGGCGGCGCGAGGGUGGCGAUCCUCAACCGGCCGCGCCAGCUGAACGUCAUCUCCGAUAGAGUGGUGUAUCUCCUCGCCCAGUUCUUGGAGAGCUGGGAGAAAGAUGAGGAUGCCAAGCUGGUCAUCUUCAAGGGGGCUGGACGUGCAUUUUCCGCUGGUGGGGAUCUAAAGAUGUUCUAUGAAGGAAAAUCAGAUGACUCCUGUCUCGAGGUUGUUUACAGGAUGUAUUGGCUUUGCUACCAUAUCCACACGUAUAAGAAAACCGCGGUGGCUCUUGUUAAUGGACUUGUCAUGGGUGGUGGUGCAGCCAUGGUUGCUCCACUGAAGUUUGCAGUUGUCACAGAGAAAACAGUCUUCGCAACCCCUGAGGCUAGUGUUGGAUUACACACAGACUGCAGCUUUUCUUAUAUCCAUUCUAGACUCCCUGGAUAUUUAGGGGAGUACCUGGCUUUGACCGGUGCAAGGUUGAAUGCAAAGGAAAUGAUUGCUGCCGGUCUUGCUACUCAUUUUGUUCCUUCUGAAAAAUUGGAAGAACUUGAAAAAUGCCUGCUGAAUUUAAACACAGGAGAUGAGUCUGCUGUUCGAGCUGCUAUUGAAGAGUUCUCAACUGAUGUUCAACCUGAUGAAGAUAGUAUUUUAAACAAGCUCCCAACUAUCAACAAAUGUUUCUCUGCUGAGACUAUCGAGGACAUCAUAAAAGCUUUUGAAUCAGAAGGGAGCAUUGAUGGAAACCAAUGGAUCGCUACAGUACUGAAGGGCAUGCGAAGAUCAUCUCCUACUUCACUGAAGAUGACUCUUCGAUCGAUCAGAGAAGGUCGGAAGCAGAGCCUGCCGGAAUGUUUGAAGAAGGAAUUCCGACUUACAAUGAACACUCUCCGAUCUGUAGUUACUGGCGAUGUCUAUGAGGGAAUUAGAGCUCUCAGCAUCGACAAAGACAAUGCCCCUAAGUGGAGUCCUGCUACCCUUGAGGAGGUCAAGAACGAGGACAUCGACCGUCUUUUCGAACCAUUCAGUUCAGAAAAGGAGCUCCAAGUCCCAUCUGACGAUUCCAACAGAUGGAGUGGCAAAUUUGAGCACACAGUCUAUGGCAGAACUUCAGAGUAAUUGGCAGCAGAAAUAGAUGUUCAUCAUCCUCACAAGCAUGUUUUAAGUACUCGUAACCCCAUGUAUUCUCAUACUUCCCUGUAUAACAUUGUAACACAAAAAAUUGAAAAUUACAUAACGCACGAAGCAAUAAAGCAUCUCAAAUGUUUUGUUA